CAGCUUGCUCUCUCUCCCUCCCUCAGCGUCAGCGAUUAAUGGCUUCCAACUCCUCUCCUCUUCCUCUCUCCCUUCUCUCCUCGCCUCGAGUACUCAACUCCAACUCCUUCACCGGAACCGCUUCUUCCGCCGGGCCGGCGUUCGGCUGGCGCUGUCCCAGAUCGUCUCAAUCGAGGUCGUCCGCCUGUCCCUUCUCCGUCCCUGGAUCUGCGCUUUGACUGUAGAUCUCGCGUUUUCUCUUCUCAAGGAAUGGGGAAUUCGGGGCGGGCCAAUGUUUUCUGGACGGAAACUGGGUAGCUCGUUCCUAAAGGCAAGGGGUUACUGGAGGCAGUCACCUAGAUGGCUCCAAAGACUCGUAGUUUCCUUCAUUUUUUGGAGUGGUCCAGGACGUCGCAGAAGAAAUUGUUCCCUGAUGAACAGGCUUCGAUCGAGGACAAAAGUCAGGACAAGAUCGAUGGCCAUGAUGAUAAGCCAGUACCAAAUGUUCCUCUGAUUGAUGAGGAUGAGAAGUCAGGAGUAUCUAGUGUAAGAGAUCUCAAUGAGCAUAGCUCUUCUUCUUCUUCUUCUUCAGUGGUUGUUGAAGAGGGAAGCAGGACUAAGGCUCCUGGAGUUGUUGCCAAGCUUAUGGGUUUAGAGUCUAUGCCCUCAUCAGGCAUUGUUUUGAGUGACUUGCAUAACAUUCAAGAUAAACCUGGCCAAAAUCAAAGAAACAAUUCAAGUUAUGUUAUCUUGAAAGCUGGUGCUAACUCAAGAACACUAGAUUUAUGGUCCCAAAAGAUGCCAGGCAGUCCAAUUGAGAGGUUCCAGGUUGAAGCAUUGCCUCCUAGACUAGUAAAAUCUAUCUCAGUUACACGCCACAAAUUGCUAUCGCCAGUUAAAAAUCUUGGAUUGGACUCUGUUAAGAUUAGUGAACCAGAAGUUCAAAAGAAAACCAAGAGUAAAGUUCAGCCUUCUAAACCAUCCCCAAGUCCUUCAGAAAUUUGUGAUUCAACAAAGAUUAUAGCUACUCCUCCAAAGCCAUUGAAGGCCUUAGAAUUUCCUGGAAGACGUAUUCAGUCAGUUUCUUUGAAGUCUUCCAGAUCACAAGCCUUAUGCAGGAGAGACAUUUCACAAAAUGAUAAAUCUUUGCUAUCAAAGGAUGAAUCGUUGAAAUCCAGUCCAAAAGGCAAGAAUAAAUCAGUUUCACUUGCCAUUCAAGCAAAGUUGAACGUCCAAACAAGAAAAGGCAUAAGCCCAAGUACCAGCAACAAGUUUGUUUCACAGGAGGAUAAUGAAUUUCACUCUGAGAAACCACUGAAAUUUCAGUCUAGUAACCAAACACAUACCCACAACAAAGGGAAUUCAGAUGCUGAUUCUCAUAAUGUACACCGACCAAACAAACAAGACUAUCUUGUAACUAAAAGCAAGCUUGGCCAGAGACUAUCAGUCUCUGAUACAAGUGAGGGAAAUGCACUUUCUAGAGAUGGUUCUUCUAGAAAUAAAAAAUUAGUGAAGGAUUGUGUAAGAAACAAAAAAGGACGGAACAACAUGAUUAAAGGCUCAGAGGUAUCUCGUGUUGCCAAGGAUCGAUCCAUGCCAAAUUACAAGAAGGUGGUAUUAGUAGAGAACAACAGAUCAUAUUGCAAAAGAUGUGAUUCUGUUGAUAAUUUGCCACUAGACAAACAGAGAAAACAUAUUCGACAUAAUGUCGUUGUAUCUGAUCAUUCAGGAUGGACUAAUGGUAAUACAACACGUGAUAGAGAUGUUGUGUCAUUUACAUUCACAUCCCCUCUAACAAAACUGCAUGAAUAUUCACCUCAUUAUCGGAAUGAGGGUGGAAAAGAGGGGAAAAAGAAUGGUUACAGAUUUUGUAGUUAUUCUGGAAAUUCAACAGAUUCGGAUGACAAAAAUUUUUUGCCUUUCAACUUGAAUGUGAAAGAUGGUGAUCAUUUAGGCUUUAUUUUGGAACAAAGAUUGAAAGAAUUAGCAUCUAUGGGUGGAUCACCUUUCUGUAUCUCAGUUAAAGAUGCUGGUGUUGUUGCUCAUCUCUCUGAUUCAAUAGAUUCAGCUUCUACUUCCGAUGCCCCUGGAGUUGCAUAUACUGAUUACCAAAGUGAAUCUUUCCUCCUAUCUUUUGAUGAUGAAGUAUGCAGCAGUGCCUCAAACUCCUCAGUGAAUAAUGUUUGGGUUCCUUGUAAAAGUGAUAAGCUGCAGGAAAAGAAAAGGAUCGGUUCCUACUGUAACAUUGCAGAUCAAAGUGAAAUUGAGCAUCAAGAUCAGAGCCCCCUUUCCAUUCCAGACAACUCAUUUUCAAAUGAAAGCUGCUCCUCUGAGAGUUACCAAAAUUCUGAUGGUACCAGGACGAAUCCUUCUCAUUAUUCUUCUCUCUCCAAAGAAGCUGAGUUUGAUUCCAUGUACAAAACUGGGCCAGCAGAAUAUGAAGUAGAAUUAUCUACAUCAUCAUUACAUAAACAAGCCAUAGACUCAGACGAAGACCUAGCCUCAGAAAUCGGCCGAAUAGAUAAUGCUUACACUUGCUGGGAUGAGCUGGAUUAUGUGAAGGAAAUAUUGAAUAGCUGGGAAAUUAUUUCAGAUGAUUCAAUUCUCAGCUACAUGGACCAAUCUAGUGAGAUUCUUGAUCCCCAUCUCUUUGAGAAGUUAGAAGAGAAUCAAAUCUCAGGUCAUGUAGACGAAACACAGAUAAUGAAGAGGAAGAUAAUAUUUGAUGCUGUGAAUGAAUGCUUGUCUACUAAAUGUAGUGUUUACUUCCAAGCUGGAUUCCAAAUGUGGGCAAAAGGUGUCAUGUUUGUCAGGAAAGACUUGUCAGAAGAACUCUACAAUGAGAUAUCAGGAUGUGUCUGCGGCGAGGACUGGAUGGUGGAUGAGCUUGUGUAUAAAGAUAUGAGUGCUCAUCUAGGCAGGUGGAUUGAUUUCGAAAUCGAAGCAUUUGAAGCAGGAGUAGAGAUUGAAAGGUGGUUGCUCGAUACCUUGGUUGAUGAAUUUUUCAAGGAAUUUUAGUUUUCCUUCAGUGUAAGUACGUUGGUGUAAAUUUCUCUUUUACUCCUUCCAGUUGAAUGUUGUAUAAUAGCAACAAUAUUCGUCGGGUCACUUAAAAUCAGGAAAAACUAUCAUAGAACUACAGAAGAGGCUUUCUGUGCAUCCCUGUGGAGGGUUCACGUCGUUGAUCAAAGCAUCAGAGCGGCGGUAAAAGAAAUAAAUCUUGACCGUCAAUCCAUCAAUGACUGAGAUCUAUUUCUAAUGGCAGUAAAAGCUCCUCCAAAAAGCACUGCGAAACCUUCUUUAUAUUAGUUUUUUCCCACCUUUAAAGACUUUAAAAUGGAUGUAAAUGUUCUUCACAACUUAAGUUUUUUAUUUUAUUUUAUUUUGUUUUAGAUUUUGGCAUUAGAGUCUUUAUUUCCACUGUGAGACUGUGAUUAUAUAUAUAUGUAUAUAUUAUUGCAAAGAAAAAUAU